AUGGCAGAAGUGUAUCAAAAAAUUCCACCUGGAGAAAUGACUUUGGUCAAGAUGUCUAAAAAUAGUCUUCCUUUAGAUUUGAAUAAGAAACUAUGGGAAUCAAAUUUGGUGAGAUUUGAUAAAGCCAAGAAUUCAAAAAAGUAUGCAAAGAUUGUUGACAGUCUUGAUCAAAUGAACAAAAUGCCAACAGAACAGCAUAUCCUGGACAGAUUUAAGUGCUUGGCUGCAAAUGUGAAAAGUAGACAGGAGAGAGUUGUGAUAGAGAUCAAAGAAGUAAAAAUCUUAUGGAAAAAACUGAAUCUUCCAAUUCAAAAAGGCAAAUCUACAGUGGAAAGAAAAAUUGAGAAUGUACUAAACAAGUAUGAAAAAAACAGCAGAAAACCAGGAACCAGAAACUACCAACUUGUUCAACAUACACAAGGAGUUCAUCCUAGAAAACUAAAGUUGAUUAAGCAAAAAGUCAGUCAAGAUACUAAGGAUGAUUUAAACAGUGAAGAUGAAGAACAGCAGAAAGAAAAACAAGAUUCUGACAGUGGUUCUCAAGAUUCAGAUGCUCUGAAGGAAGAAGAAAUUGUUUGGAGAGAUGAUAUGGCUUUCCUUCAUCACUUGAUCACUUGUUACAGACAGUUUAAGAAAACGGGAUGCUUCCUAAAGUAA